GGGGGAGGUAAGUAAUUAUUUAGGGGGAAGAAAGAAAGAAACAAAGUUGUCGACCGUGCACGGCGCACGGGGAGGGAUUUUAGACGCAGCGGAGCCGCUUCUUCCUCCGCAUUUCCACCGCGACACUCUCCGGAAAAAAGUUAGCCGCUAACUCUGCCUCCGAGUCCCGGGCAGGGUUCCCCGUCUGGACCGGGGAAUGAGAGAAGCAGCGGCAGGCGGAUGGACGGACGUGCGGGGCUUUUCCGCCGCUUCAGUCUUGUCGGUUUUGCUCUCCCGGAGGAUAUUUGGCCCCGGGGAUGAAUGGCAGGAGCCGGCCGAGUCCACCAUCUGAGUUUCUUCCCACAUGAAGUGCAUCCUGCCGGACCUCCUCCUCCUCCUCCUCCACCUCCUCCUCCUCCUCCUGCUGCUGCCGCUUUGUGUGUUUAAAAAGGGAAACUCAGAGGCUGCUCCACCGCAUCACACCGACUUCACGCAAGUAUAUUUCUGUUUAGCUGGAGAUGCAGGCGUGGGGCCACACGGGGGCCCACAAAGGAGGCCCUCCGCGACCGUAGGUCCAGGUCCUGGACGUGUGUUUCUCGGAGGCUUUCCUGGCUGGAUUGACUGGAAGUGUGUAGUAAUAGAGUAACGAUCCCAUGGAUUCUGCCUCGCCGCUGCCUACCUGCGCCUGUGGGGUUUCCACAUGAGUUCAAACCAGAUGACUCAGAGGAAUCCAGCCAUGUAACCACUCUGAAAUGUCUCAGAAGUUUUAUUUAUGUCUUCUGUAUUUAUUCUGUUUGUUUAAAGGGUCAUUCCUGAGACUUUGGGCUCUUUAAGGUAGUGUUUUGAAAAAAAUAAGAAAGCAGGAGGUUUUCUCGGGCGUCAGAAAGGAUUCGCUGAGAUUGAAGUAUCGAAACAAAAGUCGUCAUCAUGGACAGGCCGAUCAGCAAGUUACUGGAGAAGCUGAAGCUGACGGACUCGGGCAGCGUGAAAUUCAACAGCUCCAAGAAGAAACACGACGCUGCCAACAACUCCAACAACAGCAACGCCAACGCCGGCGGCGGGGGCAGCGCUCUGCCGCCGGCUCCCGGCCCCGCGGCCGCCUCACCCUCCAGACCUGGCCAGUUCUCGCUUGCCUCCGCGACCGCAAGCGAUGCAUGUGUUCCAGUCAAUGGAAGAGGAGGAGGAGGAGGAGGAGGAGGAGGGCUGGGGUUGAAUCCUCCUCAGCUCCUCACCACGCCGUCCUCCACCGCCGCGGUUCAAGAUGGCGAGCAGCAGCUUCACCCCUCCACCUUGGCGCCGCUGAGGCGUCCCUCCCCGCAGCAGAGGGCGUCCUGUUACCUCGGGGAGGGCGUCGAUUCCCACCUGAGGCGGGAGUCGGGUCUGGGGCCCGAGUGCGACGCCAUGGGGGCGUUGGGCUCCAAGGCCUCCCUCAACCAGCGGCGCUACUCGCUGGAGCUCCAGCAGCUGGUCAGGCGGCAGCAGCUCCUCUCCCAGCCGCCUCCCCUCUCCGUCCCCCCGCCGUACCCCUCUGCCGGCGGGUACGGGUCGGCUCCCAGAGGCGGCGGCGGUGGCGGCCUGGCCGAGCCGGCGUACCUGUCGGAGCCCGAGAGGCACAAGCGCCUGUCGCUGCAGGAGGCUCUGUUCUACAAACGCCUGAGCACGGGCAGCGAGCUGUGGGAGAGCGCCAGGCCCGCGUCGCUCUCCCACCCGCCCCAUCGCCCUUCGGACAUGACGGGAGGAGGCGUCGGCGGGGGUUUCUUUUACCCCCCGGGUCCAACCCUGAGCCCGUGCUCGUCCUUCAGCCUGCAGGAGUCCGUGCUGGUCAGCCCCCGGUCCAGCUUCGCCUCCAGCACGGCCAGCGGCGGGGGCGGCGGCAGCCCCAUGGGGAGCCGCUGCAGCAGCAACCGCACCAGCGGCAUCAGCCUGGGAUACGACUCCCGCUAUUCGGCGUCCGGGGGUCUCCCUCCGCAGCAGCAGUGCCCCUCCCUGCAGCCCGGCGGCCCUGCGGCCGGGUACGGGGCUCCGGGUAGAGCUGGGAUGACCCCCGUGGAGGCCUGGACUCAGUACCUGGAGGGCGGGGUGCGUCCCGGCGCCCAGGACAGCCGGCACUCCUACCCGCCCGCCGUGGGAAGCCCGGCUGCCACUUGCUACCAGGCGGGGCCCGAGUGGUGGGACGAGCAGCAGGCGGCGGCGGCGGCGCGGGGCAAAGAGGCCGGGGCGGCGGGGGAAAGGGCCCGGUACUCGGACCUGCCCGGGACCCAGUACCAGGAGGAGCUGACCCGGCUGCUGCUGAGGGACGCCGCCCUGGAGGGCGAGGGGCUGCUGGUGGGCCUGAGGCUGAAGGAGCAGUCUCUGGCUCUGUCCAAAGCCGGCGCGCCAACCGUCGUCCCCUCGUCGGCCGGAGGCCCCGUCAAACCUCAGGAGGAGCCCGGAGCUGGACGGGAGACGGUGGAAAACCGCCAGGAGUUCUUUGGAACCUGCGUCAAGUGUGGGAAAGGCGUGUACGGGGCGGACAACGCCUGCCAGGCCCUGGACAACCUCUACCACACCCGCUGCUUCACCUGUGUGUCCUGUGGCCGCACCCUGAGAAACAAGGACUUCUACAACGUCAACGGCUCUGUGUACUGUAAAGAGGAUUACAUGUUUUCGGGAUUCCAGGCCGCGGCGGAGAAGUGUAGCGUGUGUGGCCACCUCAUCCUGGAACAGAUCCUGCAGGCUCUGGGGAACUCGUACCACCCCGGGUGUUUCCGCUGCGUGAUGUGCUCCAAGGCUCUGGACGGCGUCCCCUUCACCGUGGACCAGCACAGCAACAUCUACUGCGUGGCGGACUACAACAAGACGUUUGCCCCAAAGUGUGCCGCCUGUUUACAGCCCAUCCUCCCCACCGAGGGCAGCGAGGAGAUCCUCAGGGUCGUGUCCAUGAACAAGGAUUAUCACUUUGAGUGCUACCACUGCGAGGAGUGUGGGAAGCAGCUCUCCGACCAGCCCGGCUCGCAGUGCUUCCCUCUGGACUCGCACCUCCUGUGCCACUCGUGUCACAUGAGCCGGGUGUGCGCCACACACAACAUUCCCCCCCACAACACACACUGACACGUCUCUAUGCAGCUCUGCAUCCUCUCUUUUUUUUUAUUAUUAUUAUAAAUAAUUAUUUUCUUAAAAAAAGAAAAGAAAAGCUGGUCUUAAUGCUGUCGUCGUUCUCACGCGCUUCUCGCCGAGGUCGUCGACCUCCUCCAGUCUGCCUGCUGUAUUCUUACUGUACCAUAGUUAAAAAGGGAACAGACCGAACUACUGCUUGUUGUUGUUUUUUUGUGCCCCGAUGCGGCUACUGUUUUGCUGUAGAAGAACAAGGAUUAUCCACGGUCGAGUGUCGAUGCUGAACUGUGUUGUGCGUGCAGACGGGUGACAAAUUAAAGCUUCUCACCGAGGCGUCGAGCGAAGAACGGGGGGGCAGAGUCUGUGUAAAUAUAUGAAAGGGAACGACGUUGGGGAGCGGACCAGCAGGUGACCGAGACGGACGGCGAAAGACGACCGCAUGUGUGCAAGUUCAACCGCUUGUUGAAAGACGAUUGUGACGAGUGAGCGUUGAGCUGAAGUUUGCUAUAUUUUAAAAAGGUGGUUUAGCCAGCAAGUUUUCAUCUUGCAGUACCAGUUUGCACCACCAGAUGGUGUAUUGAGCACUGACAGGUGUUAAUCAGCAGGUUCAAACCAUGAAGAAAAAUUACCAUUCCAUUUCUCUGUGACCAAAUUUAGCCUCAUUCUGUCUAAAUUCUCUUUAUUUUUUUGUAGUUUGACCUUUACGCUCAUUCAAUUUGAUGUUGAAAAGAUUAAUUUUGAUGUUUUGGACCAAUCAAUAUGUGGACAUCUUCGCGCUCUCAAACUGAGGCGGUCGAUGGUUCGAGUCCCUCAUCAGGCCUUUCUGAAUAGAGUUCGCAUGUUACAUGUCAGGUAAAUUUCCUGUUGGUGUGUAUGAGUGUGUGUGUUGAUCCACUGGGAUUAGCUCCAGCGUUCUGAACCGCGUAGAAAACGAACAGAUGUGUUGGAGGAACCGUGUGACGUACGUGUUGAAUCGGGGUAAAGAUUCACGGACACGUUAUUAAAAAAAAAACGCUUUGUUUCCUUUAAUUUGUCACCUGUCUGUACUUCAUUGCUAGCAAAUAUUUUGCACUUAAAUUCGACUUUACUGUAAGAGAUUUGUGAAUCUGUACAGGUUGGGGGAAGAUUUUACUGUCCGUUUUUUUUUGUAAGUUGUAAUAAAUAUUUGUGCUCUGGCGUGUGUU